AUGAGCCGUCGUUUGAUCAAGAAGAACGCGAAAACCCGUGCCGCCAUUGAGAAGAGUGAGAAAAGGAAGGAGUUCCUGGAAGAAUUGAUGGGAAAGAUGAAAUUGGACGAAAAUAGAGUCGAGGGUCAAGGCUCCAGCGAUGAGAUUUCAGUGAGUUUUUCGAAAAUAAAAAAAUUUACAUGGUCUAUUGAAGUAUGAAACUUUUUUUUUCAAGUUUCUCAUACCCACAGUUUUAUAAUUUAAAAAUUCCAUACGAUUUCGAUCUCUUUCGAAUUUUUUUCAACUGUUUUUUUCGAUACCAUGUUCAAAUUUAAAGUAGAUUCUCUCCAAAAAGCCUUAAAGAUUUUGAAAAAUGGGUAGAUUUGAGUCUAAAAAAAUUUAUAAUUGUUGCAACAAGUUGAAUAUUUUUCAGUGCUCUGUAAAGUCUGUAAAAAAAGUAUUGCUUUUUUUCAAACUCGCAGAAAAUUUAAAAAAACCGAGUAUGUACCGACUUUUCGUAAGUUUCUGAUUAAUAAAAAGUCUAUUUUUUUAUUAAGAAGAUCUUUUCAAAAAAAUUAUUAGUUCGACGCGACUUUGAGUCAUCAUUCUCAUAAAGAAAAAAAGAUUACGAAGUUUUUUUUGGAUUUUCCGGUUUGAACCAAGUGUUUCUUUUCAAUUUUCCAUCUGUCUUUUCACAGUGGAAUUUCGUCUCGUAUUUCUUGUUUCUUUAAUGAACCUUGUUACACCAGAAAACUGAAGGAAAAUCAUUUUUGAAUAAGUCUGAGUUGGUAAAAACUGAUAAUUUAUUCCGGAAGUUCGAGAUGUCUUCAUUAAUGAUUCAGUAAUAAUUACAGGACGCCAGGAAAAAGGAAAUCCUGGGCUGGAUCGGUUGUUUCGACUCCGUCAACUUCCCUCCAGGCACCGAGACUAAAGAAACUCUGUUGGAAUUUGUUCAUCGUCAGAACUUUCUCUACAAAGUCUUCAAGGAUGAAGGUACCGUCCAACCAAUGAACAAAUUGGACAAUUCUUCGCGCUGUCUUCAUUUUUUCGCGAACUUGUCGUAGAAAUCAAAAAAUCUAUCGUUUCCCAGAAAAAUUCCUUGACAAGCUGGAAAGUGUGGAAGUUUACGGACCUUUACAGCAAUUUGAGCAUUUUUUAUUAAUUUUUCGGAGGGAAAAAGUAUUUGAUCAUUUUUGCCUUUAUAUCGCCUUUGAAUUGGUCCUUUGCGUUACUUUUUUUAGAAGUUAGACUAUGCUCCUUUAAAAGCCUCAAGAAGGUUUUUUGAACCUACGCCUCUUCUAAAUACAUGCUGUGUUCAAAGAAAUUUCCGCGAAGUUGGAAAUUAUCUCUGACUCUCCAAAAAUUAGUUAUCUUUUUCACUCUCUGACGGCUUUUGAUUUUCGCGGAAUUACUUUGAAAACGGCAACAGUUCCGGAGACUCGAAACGAUUUCUGACUCUUCAAGACCCUUUAGAUCAUUUCGAGUUCCCCGGAAUCACUUCAAAAUAUGAAUGAAAUAUCCAAAAAACUCCCAUUUUUCAGAACAGGCGAAAGCGAAAGAGCAGAUCAUCGAGACAUAUCGCUCUCUGAACGGUCAAUUCGUGACCUCAGGUUCAUCAAAAUUCCCAAAUCAAGUCAUCAUUUUGAAUUCUCAGAAGAACUCCGGGAAUACUGCGACCAGGUGGUAAUCGAAAAGCUGGAAGAAUGUCAUGCCAAAAAGGAGCCGAGAAGGAAAGAGAGGGUAAGAAAAGAGAGCAAAAUGAAUUCCAACAAGAACUGUUGAGAGUUUGAGAAGCGGCGCGGAUUCCGUGAAAUCAAGGCGGAGUCGCUUGUCUUCCGGCAACAACUGACCGAUUGGGCUCGCAAAAACGGGACCGUCAUCAGUUCCGAAGAGGCCGAAAUCAUCAAAAAAUACGCUGCCUUGCUCAAGCAGAAUAGUGUGUAGUUAACUCAUUCUUAUGACCCAUUUCAGAACAUCUUCAAAAUAGAAGUUGCGUUUUUUCGGUUUUUAGUCUGUUCAGAUUUUUGAAUGACGUCAUUAUAUUUACCUUCCAAAAAAUCUGAACAGACUAGCCGAUUCACGACUAGCUUUGGCCACUAAGGGGCGUGGCCUCUCUAUCGUGCCAGGACCCUUUUUCAGAGGGCUCAAGCCAGCUGUAAAGUAGCUAUAGCUUAUUCCGUGCCAGCUUGACAAGAUUUUUUUCUUGCGAGCUACAGUACGCUUCACUUCGAAGCGCGGCUCUUUUUUCUGCAUGCGCCUUUAAAUUAGCCGGGAGGCCUGUCUGCGCUCUCCAUCAACCAAGCACUAUUACAUACAUUUUUUUUAUCGUGUCAGGACCCAUUUUAAAGCCAGCCGUGGAUCAGCUAUACUAAAGGCGCAUGCAUAGAGACAGCGCACAUCGAAGAAAGGUGUACUGUAGCUCGGAAAAAUCUGGCACGAAUCGGGCAAUUUUCAAAAUAACUUUCUGAAAAAUGGUUUUUGGAAGUUUCAAAGUAUUGGUUUAGAUCUGAUUGUGUGUGCUGAAAAAAUUUUAAAUUUAAUAUUACUAAAAAAAAAGUGUAACUUUUUACUGUAAAAACUCUCAAUCUAGGCAUUCUGAUAAUAUGUGAAAAGGUCUAUUAAACACUAAAAUGACCUCCCUUGUGAGAUUUAAAUAAUAUGCAUAAUAAUCCUGUCGAUUUUUCAGUGCUAUUCAAGGAGUUGCCAGACUUCAGUGCCUUUGAAAACCUGAGCAAUGAUAUCCGAAAACUUCUCCUGAAUCAGUGUCUCUAA